AUGAGAAAUCACUCUGCGAUAACAUUCAUCCUGCUAGGACUAACAGAUGACCCACAACUACAGGUUUUUCUUACAGCGUUUCUGUUUCUCACCUACAUUUUCACUGUUGGUGGAAAUCUAAUUAUUAUUCUCCUCACUCUUGUGGACUCUCACCUUAAAACACCCAUGUACUUUUUCCUACAGAAUUUUUCCAUCUUAGAAAUAAUGUUUACAACUGUCUGUGUCCCUAGAUUCCUGUACAGCAUGACAACUGGAGACAAAAGGAUUACCUAUAAUGCUUGUGUGAUCCAAUUAUUUUUUAUCAUCCUCAUCGGGGCAACAGAAUUCUUUCUUCUAACCACCAUGUCCUAUGACCGUUAUGUGGCUAUCUGCAAGCCCCUGCACUACCCCACUAUCAUGAAUGGCAGGGUGUGCACUAUAUUGGUCCUUUGUUGUUGGCUGACUGGAUUACUUGUCAUAAUCCCACCGCUUAGCCUGGGAGUUCAGCUAGAUUUCUGUGACUCCAAUCUCAUUGACCAUUUUGGCUGUGAUGCAUCUCCUCUUCUGAAGAUUGUAUGCUCAGACACACAAUCUGUAGAACAAGUUAUCUUAACCAUGGCUAUCCUGACGCUCAUAUUCACACUAGUGUGUGUAAUUGUGUCCUACACACACAUCAUCAAGACCAUUUUAAGACUCCCUUCUGCUCAGCAAAGAAAAAAGGCUUUCUCCACUUGUUCUUCCCAUUUGAUUGUAGUUUCCAUCACCUAUGCAAGUUGCCUCUUCAUCUAUGUCAAACCAGCAAAGGAAGGAGUGGCCCUUACUAAGGCAGUGUCAUUGCUCAACACCUCAUUUAUCCCUUUGAUGAAUCCUUUCAUUUAUACCCUACGAAAUAAGCAAGUCAAACAAGCUUUUAAGGACUUGAUAAAAAAGAUUGUAUUUCUUUCAGAGCAUUAA